CCUGAGUUAUUAUGGGCCGGAAAGAGUCCAGUUGGCAGAAAAAGCUUUGGAGCUGGAAGGGCUAGGGUUGCAAAGCAAGGCCCUUCAAAUCUUCGAUCCAAGUCGAGGAUUCAAGAAUCAAGAACUAACCAACAGCGCUGACUGCAAACAGAAUCGGGAAAAUUACCGUUUAAUUGCACUGGCUAACGAGACAAAAAGAGUUGAAUCGUAAACCAAGUUUUAAAUUAGAUUCCAGGGUUGUUAAUAAACCCUUCAAAAACCCCCAACAAGAACAAGAGACGAAAACCCUUUGUUACUUCCAGGCUCAUCAAUCAACCCAUCAAGAAAAAAUGGAAACCCCACCUCUCUCUCCGAAGGAAUCCCGCAUUAACCGCUACAAGCCCAUUUGGCGUAUUCUCCUGAUUUCCAAUCUCGCUCUUGGAGCAUAUAUGUUUGCAAAGGCAAGAAGGAAGAAUUCAAGCAUUAUAGAUAACAAACCGGCUAAAACAGGGGCAGAGCAUGGCAAGACUGAAACUGAAUCAGAUGUUUCUUCUCAUCCCGUGGCAACUGCCUUAGUCUAUGAGGAACCACCAAUCCUUCCGGUCAUUGCACAGCCCACAAAGGUUUUGGAGCCCAUUAGUGAAGAUCAGCAGCGUGAACUUUUCAAGUGGAUAUUGGAAGAGAAAAGAAAAGUAAAGCCUAAUGAUCCUAAAGAAAGGAAAAGAAUUGAUGAAGAGAAGGCUGUUCUCAAACAAUUUAUUCGUGCAGAAUCUAUUCCUAGAAUUUGAUUCACACGUCUCGUUUUAUUUGACA